CCAGAAGCCUCGCCAACUGAGUAUUCGAGAGCAAACAAGGAGCUUCAAAACCUUAAUGCUAAAAUGGAUCUCAUAAGUAAGCUAAGGACCAUACAAAAGGAAAUUGAGAGUUUGAAAUCACUAGUGGGCGAUUGUGAACAAGAUAAAGACAUGCAGGCCAUGGCAUACGAAGAACUGGAGCAGGCGUUGAAAGAAGAAGGAUAUUUGCAUAAUCUGCUGCUCAAGGCUUUACUGCCUAAGGAUGAUGCAGAUGAAAGGGACUGCAUUUUGGAAGUCAGAGCAGGAACUGGAGGGGAAGAGGCUUCUCUGUUUGCUAUGGACAUGUUCAAAAUGUAUGAGAGAUACUCGCUGAAAAAGGGUUGGAGGUUUGAGGUGGUGGAUGUGACGGAUUCAAAUAUGAAAGGAUACAAGGAAGCCACAGCCGCAAUAUCUGGGGUGGAUGUCUAUGGAAAGCUUAAAUUUGAGAGUGGAGUUCAUAGAGUGCAGCGAGUGCCUGUCACGGAGAAGUCUGGACGGGUUCAUACAAGUGCUGUGUCUGUUGCUAUCCUUCCCCAGGCAGAUGAGGUAGAUGUUCAACUGAGGAAUGAGGACUUGAGAAUCGACACAUACAGAUCUGGUGGAUCUGGUGGUCAGCAUGCAAAUACUACAAAUAGUGCUGUUAGGAUCACCCAUAUUCCCUCUGGGCUGACGGUUGCUAUACAAGAUGAACGCUCACAACAUAUGAAUAAGGCUAAAGCCCUAAAAGUGCUGUGCUCCAGACUGUAUGAGGUGGAGAGAUGUAGGGCUCAAAACAGCAGAUCAAAGCUAAGAUCCGAGCAGAUUGGUAGCGGGGAUAGAUCUGAACGUAUACGUACAUACAACUUUCCACAAGGACGAGUUACCGAUCACAGGAUAGGCUUCACUCAUCAUUCCAUCGGUGAUGUGAUGCAGGGAGAGAGUUUGGACUAUUUCAUUGACGCCCUUCUUUUGCAGCAGGAAAUGGAUGCGGUUGCUGACUUCACUGCCACCUCCCAUCAUCAUUGA